AUGGCAGUAACUUCAGCAUCUGCAGGGCCAUGGCCAGAAUCGCUAACACCUUGGAUAGCAGAUGUCGUCCAUUCAAUGGGACACACGCAUAUGACACCAGUCCAAGCUUCCACCAUCCCACUGUUCAUGAAACACAAGGAUGUAGUUGUAGAGGCGGUCACAGGCUCUGGGAAGACUCUGGCAUUCGUUAUUCCGACAUUAGAACGGCUCGUUCGCCGUGAAAGUAGACUUCGCACAAAUGAAGUAGGCGCACUCAUCAUAAGUCCUACGAGGUCUCUUGCUACGCAGAUACAUUCCAUAUUCUCCCAGUUUCUAUCCUCCCAGUCGGGAAUGUCUUUCUCUAAUGAAGACGAGGACGAAGACGUAGCCAAGACUCUUUUUCCUGCGCCUCUCUUACUGAUAUCUGAUGCACAAUCCUCCCCGGCCCAAGACAUACAGCGGUUUCUGUCAACUGGUGCAGACAUUGUGAUCGGUACACCUGGCAGGAUGGAGGAGUUUCUUCUAGGCAAGGGGAAAUCGGUGGUGAGUGUGAAAGAGUUGGAAGUAUUGGUCCUCGACGAGGCCGAUCGUCUACUUGACUUGGGGUUCCAAGCGACGUUAGCACGCAUCAUCACCCACCUUCCUAAGCAACGUCGCACCGGCCUCUUCAGCGCGACAAUGACAGACGCGCUUUCAGAGCUAGUUCGGGUCGGCCUACGUAACCCAGCCCGCAUAGUUGUCAAGGUGCAGACCAAGAAGAACGUGAAAGGUCAGGAGCAACAAUUGAUUGAAGAACAGCGCAUACCAGCGAAUCUGCAAAACUACUACAUUUCCUGUCGAACGUCGGAGAAACUCAUCCAAUUAACUCGCGUUAUAAAGCACGAAAUCACCCAACAUGGCACAUCUCAGUUCAUCGUCUACUUCGCGACGUGUGCCUGCGUAGAUUAUUUCUACCGAGUGCUUCCAUUAUUCCUCCCUUCGUCUGUCACUCUGUACUCUUUACAUGGCCACCUCAUUCCGGCUGCGCGGACCCGAACACUUGCCGCCUUCGCGUCUGCAUUGACCGUCUCAUCCUCUCCUUCGAUUUUACUUGCUACAGAUGUAGCUGCCCGCGGACUCGACCUCCCUCAUGUUGACGCAGUCGUCCAGUUCGAUCCACCCGCUGACCCUAAGGUGUUUUCUCAUCGUUGCGGACGUACAGCGAGGGCUGGCAGGGCCGGGAGGGCUUGGACGUUACUUGCGGGACGCGAGGUGGAAUAUGUCGACUUGAUGGCUGUGCGCAAGAUUCCCCUAAAAAGCCAUCCGAUGUUCACAGACGAUGGAAAGUCAAGGGAAACCCCUGAAGAUGACGAAGCACAAUCUGAGGAUUCAUCUGUGAAUACCUAUCUCGAAACCAUUCGGACAAUGGCACUUAAGGAUCGAGCGGUUUUCGAUCAGGCUGCCAAGGCGUUCGUAUCGUUUGUGCGCGCGUAUUCCAAACAUGAAGCGUCGUAUAUAUUCCGCAUCAAGGACCUCGAUCUUGUUGGUGUAGCGAAGAGUUUCGGGCUAUUGCGCCUGCCAAGAAUGCCAGAGCUGCCGCAAGCUAACAGGGCUCAAUGGAUGGAUGCUGAUGUAAAUUGGGAUACGUAUGCGUACGCAGAUUCAGCUCAAGAAGCAAAACGUCUCGCUUCCCUAAUUGUCAAUCCUAAACGCCCAGAGGAUAUCAAGAAGCAGAAGGAAAAGCGUGUUCAACAGAAGACGCGUAACGAAGCUUGGAGUAAUAAGAUGUCAAAGAAAGAGGAAAGGGAGCAGAGGAAGGAGAAGCGGAACAGGAAGAGGAAGUGGUUACAGGCUCAGACCCAGACCGACACUGUUGGUACGGCGGAAAAGAAGGAUCGGCCAGGUGCCUCUGACGAUGACGAGGAGGAAGACGACUGGACUACCCUUGCGAAAGAAGAGCGCAUGGCGAAGAAAGUAAAGCGAGGGGCUAUGAGCCAAGCAAGCUUUGACGCUGAAUUUGGGGAUAUGGACAUAUGA